CCCGCGGCCGGAGGUGACGGGCGGUCGGCCCGUUUCGUCCCUCUCCUAGGAUGGGCAGAGUUUCAAAGUGCUGGAUGAAGAGAGUUUCGCUAAGAAGAUCCUGCCGAAGCACUUCAAGCACAACAACAUGGCGAGCUUCGUGAGGCAGCUCAACUCCUAUGGCUUUCAUAAAGUUAUGCAAUAUGAAUCAGGCUCAGCAAAGCAAGAACGAUGUGGUUCUGGCAAAUAUCAACAUCCCUUUUUCAGAAAAGGCCAAGAAGAGUUGUUGUCAAAGAUAAAGAGGAAAGUGUCUUUACCUCGUAUAGAAAAUGAUAAGAUUGAUCCAGAGGAGCUCCACAAGAUGUUAGCAAUUAUUCAUCAGAUGCAAGGAAAACAGGAUAUGAUAGAUUCCACGCUCGAAUCAUUAAAACGGCCCCCUAUGAUUGAUAGCACAGGAGACUACAAUCAACAGUCUGCCCAAGAACUAGUUGACCAGAGCCAGACUCUGGAAAAUCAGUGUGAUAGGACAGGAAGUAGAAACAAGUCUGAAGUUAGAGUCAGUGACCUUGCAGGAGAUCAACUAAAGGUUCAAGCAGACGCAUCUCCAAUGUGGACAAGGAUGGCUGAAGAAAUACAUCCAUCCAAUGCAGACUGGGUACUCGAACGUCGCAACAGAAGUUGUGAAAAUCAAGAACAUUUAGAAUAUGAACAAGCAACAGACAACAGUGGAUUGGACACAGAAGCAGAUGAUUACAGUUCUACCUUUUCAGAUUCAGGGCAUAUUAAGAAGAGAAGAAAAAUGAAUCACUUUGCCGUGCAAAAAACUGAGCAGCACUUGCAUCAGAUGCACAAUGACAGCAUAAAACUAACUGAAAGAGUUUUGGCUUUGGAAGAAAAGUCUUUUCGGAAGCUAUCUGAAAUUUCAUCUACCUUAUCUACUCUAGCCAGUUUCAUCAUGAACGCAGAGAAAUCUCAAAGGCUGUCCCAGGUUUGAGGAGGAUUAACUGAAGGCUAGGCUUCUUAAGGCCACUUUUAAUUUAAGGAGAUCCUAAUAUGUGCAGAGUUUUGACUCUUAGGAACAGUCUUUCAGGUUUUUUGUUUUGUUUUUUAAGGUGGCAGAUAUGCUUCAGACUUGACUGAAGUGCUGUGCACAGCCUUUGAUACUGCAAACAUUCCAGGAUGGUUUAUUUGUGAUCAUCUGUGCCUGUUCCAGGCUCUGUGACUGAUUUGUCUUUUGCCUUCAUAGUGAUCAGUAUAGACAAAUCAGUAAGGAUAGCAGGAUUUGAAAUGGAAAUCAUCGUGUCUGAGACUUUAGGGACCAGUGUCUCUUUCUUUACCUCCAUUAUCAUUGCAAGAACCUCUAAAUGCCAUGCACUUUAGUCAGAGCAAUUGGUGAUCACAAAGAGAAUCGCGGUAUUGCAUUGAAAUGUGUCAUCCAGCCUCUGGCUACCCUGUGUCAUUUUCAGUUGCUUGGUUUGUAUCAUGUUUUUUGUCUUUAGACUGGUGUCUCUUGGGCCUUUGGCUUUACUUGAGGUGUGACCUAACAGGAAUUUACACAGAUUGCAUUUCAGACUUCCAAAGGAUGGCCCAUAGGAAGCCACAGCCCUUUAGGAUGG